CAAUUUGCUUACCUUGUAAGUGUAGCUUCCUUCAUGUGUUCCAGCUUCCGCCCGUUGCUGCCAGCCCUUCAAGCAGUCGCUGCAAGAUGUCCCCGGACAAAAACCUGGACGUCCUUGAGAGCAUAUGCUACCGAAGCCGCAGCAAAUUAUGACUACAAGCCCUCACAUUAUGGCCAACCACUCUUUCAGUCACACCCGCACCUCCUUAGGCCCAAUGAACUAACACCUGGGAUUCCGUCUGAGGAGUAUGAGCGGCGUCGGAAAGACCUCAUGGACAGCCUACCUAGCAAUAGUGUGGUGGUUUUGAUUGCUGCACCAGUGAAAUACAUGAGCGGAAGUAUUUACAAAUAUCGCCAAGCCUCUGACUUCUGGUAUCUCACUGGUUUCGAAGAGCCUGAUUCUGCUGUUGUCCUAGAGAAGAAUUCGUCUUCUCGAGGAUAUAGAAUGACACUGUUCUCAAGUGGGAAGGACUCCGCGAAAGAGAAAUGGGAAGGCCCAAGGACAAGCUUUGAUGAUGCUUUGAAUGUCUUUAAAGCUGAUGACGCGCUCACAAUCAAGGCUUUUCCGGCUCAAUUGCGAUCUAUGAUAAGCCUCUACUCUAAUGUCUUCAUUGACCUGCCACAGUCUCCGCGCAAAAAUGCUCGCUCCACUAAGUCAUUGCUUCGAUACCUUUCGCCUCCUGUCAAUCCUAGGUCAGAGUAUGAGACUGUCGUGGAGUCACUGUCAAGCUCCCGACGGAAACCCCUUGCUCCUCUUAUUGCUCAGUUGAGAGUGUUCAAGAGUGACUGCGAGCAACAAGUCAUGAGAACGGCUGCUGACAUCAGUGGCCGCUCUCUUGCAAAGACAAUGCGCUUUACACGGCCUGGCAUCUCAGAAAGUGCACUAGCAGCUCAUUUUGAAUACUUGUGUUGUCUAUCGGGUUCACAACGCCUUGCGUAUGUCCCAGUUGUUGCAUCUGGGCCAAAUGCACUCAUCAUACACUAUACAUCGAAUAAUCAAGUUGUACAAGAUGGCGAGAUGAUUCUAAUGGACGCAGGAUGUGAAUACAACGGCUACGCGUCUGACAUCACUCGCUCGUAUCCGGCCAAUGGUUUUUUUACACCUCCGCAAAGGGAGCUAUAUAGUGCCGUGCUGUCUGCGCAGAAGGCUCUUGUGGAAUUAUGCACGGAGGCAGAGGAAUUGAGUCUUCAUGAUCUGCAUCGCAAAUCGUGUGACCUCCUCAGACAGGAACUGAAACAAAUUGGGUUUACUCUCCAUACAGGAGACCUGGAGAGAGUACUUUACCCUCAUUUCCUCAGUCAUCCAAUUGGGAUCGAUUUACACGAAUCAUCGCAUUCAGAUCGAGCAGAGCUGUACGUGGUUCUCAUAGUGUCGCAUUCCUUAGAUCUCAAGUUCACCAUCCAUGCAAGGUUGAAAGCCGGGAUGGUUAUUACUGUAGAGCCCGGAAUAUAUGUCCCGCCUACUGCUCAAUUCCCAAAGCAUUUCCAUAACAUUGGCAUUCGGAUAGAGGACGAGGUCCUUGUCGGCGAGAAAUACCCUGUGGUUCUCAGUGUUAGCGCACCAAAGGAGAUUGCAGACAUUGAGGGUGCAUGUCAAGGACUAUUGGGACUGGAGCCACUUUGAGGCUGGAUCAUGUAUAUCUAUCCCUAAAUCUCCCCUAACCUAUGUGCUCCCGUACUACACACAAAGAUAGAUAAUGUCACUCAUCCUCCGGAUGAUCGACUGUCUCCAAUGCCUUUAGUAUCUGGUCCUUCCUGAGCCACUUUUCUUCAGGAGUGAAGUACCAGCUCAGGAAAGCGAAAAUGGAAAUCGCGCCAAAGAUGACGACAGCCUUCGAGGGGGGUUCAUUGGACGAAUUGAUGAAGGCAACUGUAACACUCACGAAAUUGAACGUCCCAGCGUUGACAGGGAAUUCAAAGGGCGAUAUAUCGACCUAACACCAACUCAGUU